AUGGGGAUGAAUGGUUUCUGUCGAAAUGUCCUAGCGUAUUUAAUCGCUUGGUUCCACGACCUUCUUGUACUUUGGGUGCAUAGUUCAUUUAUUCAUUCUAGUUACGAGACUGGAGAUGGCACCCGAGCUCAAGAGCAGGGUUACUUGAAGAACGCAGGGGCUGGACCUGACGCAGAAGCCCAGACAGUCCAAGGCUCUUACUCAUACACUGGUCCCGAUGGCAUCACAAUCAGUCUCACGUACACGGCUGACGAGAAUGGGUUCGUCCCGCAAGGCGAACACCUGCCUACUCCGCCCCCAAUCCCUGAGGCCAUUCUCAGAUCCCUGGAACAGAACGCACGUGAAGAGGCCGCAGGGGCUGCCGGGGGCAGAGGUGGUGCUGGCGGAUACCCCAGUGGAGGCGGCGGUGCCGGUAGUUAUCCUAGCGGGGGUGGCGGCGGUGCCGGCGGAUUCCCCAGUGGAGGUGCAGGUGGAUAU